GACUAGAGUCUAGUCUAGAUCUACAUUGACUUGACUAUACAUAGAUCUACUACUUGAGUUAACUGAGACCAUAGCAGCCAACUCAUACUCAUGAUGAUGAUACUCAUCAUAAACUCAUAACCCUAACUGGCCUAACCUUGCUCAUACUCACACUGUUAAAGUAAAUGAUUAGGCGUCACUAGUUCUUUAGUCUAUAUUACCUUCAUGAUAGCGUUAUCAGUGGAAUCAACUCAAGCAUUACAGAGACACGCUUAGAGCUCCCUCAAGGAGUGUUCGAUUGACAUUCAUGGCUGGGAAAUGCUACCUCUCGCUUGCUCCUUGUGGCAUGAAACUGUGAGUGUGGAGUUUCGAGAUAUGAGGCAAGGAGAUAAGCCAUCAUCAAAGAAUGCAAAUCUAAACACAAAAAACUGAGAAUAGAAGCAGGCAUAUCUGCAGCAGACCAAACCUACCCAUACCAUCAUGAUCUGGUGAAGAAUGUUAUCUGAGAGUGAGAAAAAGCUUUGUGGAGACAUUUUGAAACUUCUUCCUGAUGAGGAUUUAUUUUCUUUAUCUUCAACCGUGACUUGCAGAGUAGUAGAUGUGAAUUCAAGAAAAGAAGCUGAGAAGGCAGUUGUUGCUUUUACACAGUCAAUAGAUGAAUUCUUCAAAAGAAGAAAGAUUAGUAAAGAUAUUAUUUUGAAAUAUAUGUACCAAAAUGGCUUGCCAGUACCCAAAGAUGCUGAAAAGGAUCGGCUUGCUAGUCACAUUAUUCAGACCACAAUCCGAGCUGCAGCUUAUGAACAGGCAACUCCACCACCAACUAACAGCAACUCAUCUAACUGUCAGAUUAGCCUGCCUCAACCAUCAAUGAUUCAUAGCCCAACUAACAUCACUGUAAAUCUGAAUGUGAACUACUUUAACAAUACGGAGAUCAAAGCUACAAAUCCUGAUCAAGCAAAUGCUGAGGGUUUUGUACAGUGGUUUUAUGACAUGCUGAAUAGUUAUAAUCCAGUUCUCAAUAAAGAUCACACACAUUUUGGGCCGCAACACUUUUGGGAAAAUGCCCAACUUUUUCUGAGUGUGAACACAAAAAAUUCUAAAGUGGAAGAUAUUGCUAAUGGCAACAUACUUGUCUGUGAACGCUUACUCAAAUUUCCAAUGCAAGAUUUGAUACUGUUUUUGCCCAACGUCAGUGCAGAUGGGGUUAAAACCAAAUCUGAUUCUCAUGGGUUAAAACUGAUUCUAGUGUGUGGAACUCUGCAUGUAAACAAUCAAUGUGUGGGUGUAUUUCAACAAAGUUUUGGUUUGAUCAGAAAUCCUCUUUCGCCAGACAUAUGGAAGAUCAAGAUCACUUGCCUUAAAAUGGAUGAACUUACACCUUUGGCAUCGCCAAGGCUUCAAGACUGUUUAGAGAUAUCGGCAAUUGAACAACAUACUGUCAAGGCCUUAGAGCAGGCCAUGUUGAGUUGAGUAUAACAUCUUAUAAGUAGAUCUACCAUCAAUGUAUUUGCUGCAGAUUGUUUGUUUACCUUGAGAUACCUGAUACCUAGUAGUGCUAUCUAGUUCAUUCUUACCUCAGCAUGGCAAUUCAGUACAAUUAUAGAUAAGUGUGAGUACUAUGACUGUUCCAAGCCUGUCUCUGAAUCUGUAUAUGCUUAUACCAUUGACUCACUAGCCUAGUACUUUGAUGCAGAUGCAUUUAUAUCACUCACAUCUCUAGCAACGGUUCAAAUUAUAUAAACUCUUGGGAAUGUGUACAGGGACUAUGAAAACUAAAUACUUUAUUUUACAAUGUUAAGAUGACUGGAUUUGGAAAUUAUUUUAUUGAAUCAAUAGUCAUGACCAAUGUGAUUCUGUACAUAUUUUCUUUAAUAUAUUUUAUUAUCUGGCUUCUUGAAAGUUGUGCUACCAAACUGUAAAGAAACUUAGUGAAGAUUAUAUUUACAUUGUUAUUUAAUCUUUUUACUUUUCCUUCUCUUGACUGACAUGCUAUGAUAUAGGGUUCAAUUUUUCAUGUAAUUUUGUGGGAUCAUCAUUUUAUUAUUUUGAUCUCAUUUUGAAGCAUAGGCCUAAAAUUUUCAAGUGAUGCCAUUAUAUACUAUAUUAUAUAUAUACACUCACUUUGGGAUUGCUUAGUGUGUUAGGAACCCAUGAGGAUGCUUUAUGGAUAGGGUUGCAUAUGCUUGCAUAUGCUGUAAUUCAAAUUUGAUUUACUUGAAAGAAAAUAGUAAGCAUGCAGCAUGUUUUGCCUUCAAGCAAAUUUAAUUUACAAAUUUAUCAAUAGCUCAUGUCAUCAGGACAUUGAAAUAUAGGGAGUACACAAAGAAAUGUGCACUUAUAGGACAUUAAAUUGUCUAAAAUGUGAUAUUUAUCAAAACAUGAUCUAACUCUGUGUACUGUUAGAAUUGCUUUUGCAAAUUUCUUAGUUAUAGUGUAAAGACAUUGGUGUAACCAUGUGGGAUGGCUUUAUAUUGAAUUUUCUCCAACUACCUGUAACAGAUGUUUUUAGCAAAACUCUUUAGAAAGUUUCUAUUGGUGUCCUAGGAUUAUUCAUGUAGCGCCACUGCUCUGGAAUAUAUUUUAUUUUGUUUAAUGUAUUACUAAAUCAUAUUGCUUGACUUAGUUAUGGUAUUUUGCAUGCAAAAAGAUCAAACAGGGGUAGGCAAGAUAAUGGUGCAAAACUGUUUUUUAUUUCAAUGUCUAUCUUUAAUGUCUUUUUUAUUAUUUUUUUUCGGAAAUGAUUUAUAAGAGUUGAAAAAGUAGCUGACCUAUGCUGAGUGAAAAAAUCCCCAUUAUCAUAUGUUGUACUUUUGAAUUGAAAUGUUCCUUCACCAAAAGAUUUGAUGAAUAAAAUAAGAGAGGGAUGAUUGAUAGUAUCCAGUUGGAUCAUAAACAUUAAAAUAAAUUUAUUAGUGUUGCACUUAAUAGUAAUUGUAAUUCACAUUAAAAUUACUAUUUACCAGCAUUCAUCAUGCUGUCUGCUAUCUAGCUGAUUCUUUGUUUAAGAAGCAUAAAAAUCAUCACACUGAACUGUUUGGUUAACAUUUUGUUAACGAAGUCUCUGGUCUCCAAACACUUCUCUGUAUCCUACUAAAGUAUUUAAACUUUAACUAAAUUAGAGAAACCAUUCUUUGAACAUACUCUUCACUGUGGUUAAAUUGUGCUAUGUAUGUACUGUAGUAUUGCCAAAAAUAAAUACUAUCAAGAAAAAAAAAGACCAACAUGUUUUAAU